UGGAGGCCUCCGAAUCAAAAAAAAAGGGAGGAGUCAAAGUGAGCAGGGCAGGAAACAGAGAUGGCGGAGGGUGUAAAGAAAACAUGGCACAAAUAUAUGUUGCAAAUGCAGCUCCACCCUUUACGAACUAAGGCCAUAACCGCAGGGGUGUUGGCUGGUUGCAGUGAUGCCAUUGGUCAGAAGAUUCUUGGCGCUAAAAAGCUUCAGCUCAGACAAGUGUCUCUCAUGAUUCUGUAUGGCUUUGCAUAUGCAGGGCCAUUUGGGCAUUUCUUGCAUAAGUUAAUGGAUCGCAUCUUCAAGGGAAAAAAGGAUACAAAAACAAUUGCUAAAAAGGUUGUGCUGGAGCAGCUAACUUCUUCACCAUGGAACAAUAUGUUUUUCCUCCUUUAUUAUGGAUUAGUUAUUGAGGGAAGACAAUGGAAUUUUGUGAAGAAUAAGUUGAGAAAGGACUACCCCUCUGUGCAACUAAAUGCAUGGAAGGUUUGGCCGAUAGUAGCUUGGGUGAAUUACCAAUAUAUGCCUAUUCAGUUCCGUGUUAUAUUUCACAGUUUUGUUGCAUCUUGCUGGAGCAUCUUCCUGAAACUUCGAGCUCGUUCUUUAGUUAAGCUUGCUUAGAUAAAAGGUUAUUUGGAAAGCAACUUUUCUCACAGCUGGUAAGACACACAUGCAUUGACAAAUGUAUGUGUUUUGAAUGUAUGUAUUCCAAGUAUUGCAAAGUUCAUCAAACAAAUUGAAUAGAGCAAUAAGCAACAAAACAGGGAUUAUUUAUGACGAUAAAUGCUAUAAGCUGUUGUACUUUACUGUUUUAAAGCUUGGACAAUUUCUUUGGUUUUUGCA